AUCUGAGGAUGUUUUAGGUCAUAUUUAUGCAGUUUUGUAAAAAAAAAAAUUCUAAAGGGUUCACAAAUUUUCAAGCACCUCUGCAUGUUAUGUUAAAGGCCAUCUCUACUUUUCUUAACUUGUAGGAGUUGGCAUUCACUGGGAUGUUUGCCAUGACAGAAAGAGGUCAUGGGAGUAAUGUGCAGGGCAUACUCACUGAGGCUCACUAUGACCCUUCAACACAGUUUGUUGACUACGCACCUUGUGAAAAUGCACAGAAGAUAGUAUACAUUGGAAAUGCAAUGAAAGGAAACCAUGCUGCUGUUUUUGCACAGCUCAUGAUCAGUGGAGAAUGUCAUGGUUCUCACUGUUUCAUUGUGCCAAUACAAGAUCAGAAUGGGGUCAUGCGUCUAGGAGUGACUGCAAUUGAUAUGGAACAUAAAGUAGGCCUACAUGGAGUUAACAAUAGCAUCUUGAUAUUUGAUCAUGUCAGGAUACCACAGGAAAACCUGCCAGACAAGUUUGGUUCAGCGUCAUCUGAUGGGUAGUACCCCUCUCCAUUUCAGUGUAAAGGCAGUCGCUUCAACACCAAGCUUGCUGCUCACCCGAACCGUUUGGGUCUCACUAUGACGACAAUGACUGCCAUGAAGCUGGGACUCAUCAUAGCAGUGCACCACAGUCACAGUUGCAGACAGUGUGGGCCAAAAGACUAAGAGGUUAAAAUCAUUGCAUACCAGACUCACCAUCUGAGGUUGAUGCCCCACUUGGAUACUGCCCUUGCUCUCACCUUCACCACAAGACACACUGCAGGGCUGCUGGAUGAAGCUCUAUGCCAGGGGCAGGAUCUUCAGAGUAACCAUCCCCUGCAGGCGUUGGUGGCUGGCCUCAAAGCCUACAGCACAUGGGCCAACGUGGCCUGCCUACGGGAAUGUCGCAAGUGUACCGGGGGCAUGGGCUUCAUGAUGGAGAACAGGACCCCCUCUCUGACGUGUAACUCGGAUAUCUUUGUGACUUUUGAAGUAGACAAUAUGGUCUAUUAAUAGGUGGUGCUUUGUGAAUUUUUGAGCCAGUACUACAGGCAGAAUGGGAAAAGUGUGGUAUUUGGAAUGAUCAAAAACAGGACAAGUUAUGCCUCCGACAGCCUCAAAACCAGCUUCCCCAGUUUCUUUGUAGAUAAAGGAGACCUGAGCUUCCUGCUGAAUGCUUUGUGCUACAGGGAGAAGGUCUUACAAUGUAGCCUUGCUGCACGCCUUUACACUAAGCACGUUAAUAAGAACAAAGAAGAGUUUUUCAGUACCUGGAACUCAUGCCUGCAUUAUUUAAUUGGCCUUGGCCUGGCACACAUACACAGAGUAGAGAUUAUAACACAGACACCAAGGAUCCAACUGGAGCAGCCAGAUAGAGAUGAGCAGGUAAUGCUCUUGUAAUUCUGCCUUCUGCACGGAAAAGGUCUUGUGUAUCAGGAGCGAGGGUGGUAUCUCAAACACGAUAAGCACAUUUCUAGAUCCCAGUGCAGUGGAAAUGUGUGUAUUGACACUCACUUGUUCUCCAUUGUUGUGUUCAGCUGUUGGAGUUGUGCAGUGAAGGACGAUGUAUUGAAGGUGACGUCAGACUUCAACAUGCCUUCCUGUUGUAUCCAAUCACCCAUCGCCAGUGUGCCCAACUACAUUACACCUUGGGGCUUCUCCCCACAGCCGAGAGCACCAUUCCCCAGUCCUAAAGCCAGCAGAGAGCCACACUAAAGCUCUGAAGUAUAGAAAACCUAUAUACUACAACACUUGGAUUAAAUUGUACUGCUUCCUGUUGGUA